UUAUGAUUGUCCUUAGGCUUCGAUCAAUUGCGUACUGAACCUAGUAUUAAACGGUAGUACUACAUAGUACAUCUAGCCACUAAGUGCCUCUCGUCUACACCGCUUGACUCGUAAUGACUUUCGGCGAGGUUGUACACUACGUGACCCAGCCUACAGACUGGCCUGAACCAGUGCGCGGUAUUGCUUCCUUGUUGUCACCGUUCCACUGUCCCGACAGGCCAAACGCGUCGUCCUCGACGUUCUCAGAGCCAGAGCCCCUCGUUUCCAAUGAAGCACCUGCACCGGGAUCAUACACUGCCAAAGGAUUUUCAGCUGCAGGGUUAAGCGCACUUGCUGAGCUUCCUCACUACGGCGGCGAGAGAUCUACCGUUCCCCUCUUGACUCUGGACUCGUGCGAUGGUUCAAUUGACUCACUCGACCUUCCCUUGCAAGCGCAUAUGCUUCCGGGCCGAGGCAGACGCCUUUCCGCUGUUGUGCCAGUCUUACUAGUCGCCGACUCCCGUAAUAUCGUUCCCCUACUUUGCAGUGCUCUUUACCAGAGACAUGUGUGGGGAAUCCGUCAGCCUGUGGUCGGUCUGUGCUGUUCCAGCACUGGUACGAUUGCCACGGCCAUCUUCGGGUGGCUCGACUCCGAUCAGUCAGAGGAAGGCCGCAUGGCAAGUCCGAAAUCAAUGCAUUCCCACCUCGCUUUAGCAGUAGAUGUCCGCCUAGAUCCUUCGAUGGGGGUGUUUGACUUCACUGACACCCGUUCUGCCAUCAGCCUCGCGCAAUUCGUUUUGGGGUUGCGGACUCAUUCUCAAGAUAUCAAGGGGCGCCAUAUCGAUAGAAGCAGUCGAUUCUCUGACUCCGUUGCACUGGAGAUCCGAUUACCCGACUUUGAAACUCAGUUUUGGGGACGAUCGAACGAACGAGUGGCGUCCUGGACCCACCAGAUACACGUGCAGACGAGUUAUAGGGAUCAUCCUCAUCUAAGUCCUCGUACUCCGUCCCCGACCUUGGAUACUGCGGUUGUAUCAUAUGAAACGAUGAGCUCUCCCUUGCUUCGUACCAUCCCUAUGUCACGCCUUGUCAAUACACAACUAACUCGAAGCUUUAGGCUGCCCCAGGAGACCCGCGCGACGAACGUGAAAGGACGACAUCUCAUCAAAGAGGACCAGUGCCAUCGCCACAGCCGCACUUGGAGGAUUAGGACUUCGACCUCAUCACGUGCACCCAGCCCAUACCCAAACUCGCAAUUUGCCGCUUUGUCUGAUACCGGCCUUAAAGACAAAGUUUCAAUAUCCAAUUGGCUGUUUGAACGCCAUGCGUUCACAGUCGCUCGGAUCCCAGUUAGGUCUGAAGAACUGGCGAAUAAGACCGGAAUUAACGCAAUGAUCAAAAUAUACGAUCAAAUGACGGCGUUUACUUGGUCUGACAACAUUAAAACCAUACUCUCGAAUGCUGAGGUAGAUAGCUUUGUAUCAACCACGAGAUCAGAACUAUGCGACAGGAAUAGCGAUCCCAACUGUCAGUCCAGCACAAUCGAUGCUCCCUCGCCGGAGGAUGUCAAGUUUAUUUCAUGCCGGAUUUCGGCACUGUUGCACGCUGUAAAAGGUGCUCGCCGGUGUGAUGAUGUCGCAAAGUUGCACGGCGCCAACGAAGCCGAUCGGCGUCACGAAUGGGAUGCACUGCUUCUCAACUUCUUCCAACCUGUUCUCGGCCAACGGGAUGUGUUGCUAGAGCGACAGCUAAACUUCGCUCGUAAUCUCCGCUGCCGAGACUCCUUCCCUUCGCGACACGAGCCGUCAAGGUCGCUCUCGAAUACCAGGACCUCUGUCCUUGAACAGCACCGGUGUGUCCGCCUCACCGCAGAGACCUCUGGCAGUUGGGCGCAGACUGCAGCAGCGCGAGAUCAAGCAUUCCAAUUUUCUGAUGAUAUCGACCGUCGCGACAUGAACAGGAAUGCUGCUGAAGUGAUUGCAUGUCACUCCUCUCAGGAUCCGCUCACUGGACAAUGUGAUGCAUCCUCGUCAUUCCAUGUUCCGGGCUUUGCUACUGUGAUGCUCCAGCACAUAUCUAAUAUCGGCGAGCAAGAGAAGCUUCUGGAAUAUUUCAUGCUAGUCCAGGGUCCAAAGCCGGAGAAGCUUGACGCGAGUACGGAGGAAGCUUCUUACCAAAUUGAAAAGACCGUCGGUCACAGCCAAAAGACCACACCCAGCCAAUCACUUCAGGUCCCCUCCUCUUCUCGCGUAUCGGAAUCCAGAAAAAUCGAUCGAAAACAGUUGCACAACCCGUUUCUUUAUCAUCCUGAUGGCCAUCAAGCUACACAGAAAGAAGAAAACAAUACCUUUCAAAGUGUUGUUGGCCGAGUACAAGAAGAGGGACGAGUCCACAAUUUCGACGGCCAUGAACAGAUGAAGAGUUACCUGGUUUCGGCGGUUACUUUCCUUUCCAAGUUCGGCAUCAUAGACCAGCCCGUUUUUGGACUUGUCGUUAACGGCGCGCUUGGUGCAAUUACGAUGGCAUGGAAGAGAAACAACCAAAUCUACGUGAUGGAACGCAAUGUCCGACACUAUGAUAUCAGGGACCCUCUUCAGGCACUUCAGUUCGUGUCUAUUCUACCGCGCCUCGCGCGUCACGGCCUGGAACUCCGCCGCCUACUAGAGAAGCAGCUCGCGACCAUAGAUGUGAGCCAACUUCAAUCCAAGCCGUGGUCCAAGUUGGCCCAACGGCAGGAAGACAAAAGAUUGGCGGCGGCUAAGCGGGCAGAAUCGGAGAAAGCAGUUGCAGAAGAUCACAGAUGAGGCGGUGUGGAGAGGAAAUAGAAAGUGGAAUAUUGUUGAAAUAUGUACGGCACAAGUCGAACGUGAUAGUUUUUUUUUUGUACUCAUUUACAAUACUAUACCAAUGUUUUUGCUUCGCACUUUGAAUAUCACCUGGCCGGUGCAAGU